CAAAAGAAAGAAAAACAUGGUCCUUCAAAGAAACUGGAGCACGUGUUAGCACCGACAAAGAAACUUACAGUUUAUGCAAUGGAUAUUGCAUCUAAAAAUAUAUGUAAAGAGAAACACUAUUCAGCAAUACCAACAUUGAAGUCUUUGGUACUGCCAAAGAAAGGUCUUGAAUACCAGGAAAAGAAUGGACAUACAGAAGUACAAAAAGGUGAAAACAAGUCCCCAAAUAAAACUGUAGAAUCACUUAGCAAACCCAUUGAUACCAUUACAAAGCCUACUUCAAGAACAUUUGUGCCAAGAGAGGUUGUUGUCUACAGUGCAGGACAAAUAAGUAGUUUUGUACAUGAUUUUGAAAUAUCGGAAGGUGGUAUUUCAGUAUUUAGUGCUAAACAAGUAGGGAAAGAAAUGUCAAAGAAUGUAGACAAUUUUGUCAAACAGAAACAGAUACAUGCUGGUAUAGCAAGAAGUGAUGAUAGCACAGCAAAUGGAAAGUUGAAUAUUGCAGAAAACAAAACUAUUGACAGAGUGCUAGACAAAACUACAAAACACAAUAUAAAACAUUUUCUUGUCACAGAUAAUAAUAAACAUCACAAGAAAGAGAAUAAUGCUUUCCAUAAAGAUUUAUGUGUGAACAAGCAUGCAGAUAUUAAACAAGACUGUGCUAACAAAACUGAAGAUGUAUGUGAUCCAGUAGUUAAUUUUGGAACUGAAGUUAUAAACAGCUAUCAGAAAGAAGCCGAUCUUACUAGACAGUGCUCAUAUCACAUUCAUUGUGACAAAGUCCUCACAGGAGAAAAUGAAAACAUACUGUCAGAUAUGUUAGAUAGUUCAGAAAAGUUGUCCUUUCUCAAUGAGCAUAGUUAUUCUAAAACAUUAAGCACCAAUGAUUCUCAGUGUGACCAAGAAUUUAAUGAAUGGAAAGUUUUUUAUAAUGAGAAUUAUUUUGAAGACAAUGACCAAUUGCAAAUUGAUGAAAACACAAGCAAAGGUUUUAAGGAGCUUGAAGUAGAAUUUCCUGAUAACAUAAUUGAUACUGAAACAUAUAGCAAAACAGAUUCCCUUAUUACUGCCAACUUUAAUGAACAUAAUGUGAAUGAAAACAGUGUAAGCAAUGCUGAAGUACCAUUUGUUGGUGGUAAUAAAGAGCGUUCCUUGAAAGCAUCUUCUAAAGGUCCAGACAGAACAAAUGAAGUUGAUUUGAAAAUACCGAAGAUAGGACAGCAAUCACUUAGCGUAUUUACUAGGUAUGGUUUUGAAUUGAUUCAAAGAGAGAAAUUUUACAUUCAGUGUAGAUUUUGCUCGCAAACAUGCAGUGGAAAUGAAAUAGUGAGACACAUAGACAUAAAUCAUGUUGAGCAUCCGGAAAACACAAAUAUCUUCCAGUCUGAAUUUAUGUUGCUUAAGAGGUUUUUGAGGGACAAUUGGAGCCCAGAUUCAAAGUUCUUCCAAAUGGAAUUAACGAGAGGGAAGAGAUACAGGUUAUACGGUUUUAGCAUUAAGCCAGUUCCAGAGCUAAAGUUCAUUUGUGCUGCCUGCAAGAAAUCUUUUUGUAGAAAUGAUUUUAUCGAACAUGUUAGUAAGUGUUACAAAAAAUGCUACAAGAUGAACACAACAGAGGAGAUAAGUCACCAGUUGGAACUGCUAAAGAAGAUAAGUCCAGUAUUUAAGAUUAAAAAAAGGAAAACUAAAGAUGCCAAACUUGCAACAUUACUUAGCAUGAAAGCAAGGACAUACCUAUCAAAGCGUGAUAUGUUAGAAGAAUUUAAAUCUCUCAAACCAGAGCUGUUUAAGAUGAACAAUUCACAAUUCUUGAAAGAGUUCGAAGAAUAUGUAGAGCAAAAAAAAGAAGAAAAUAAGAAAAAACAACAGGAACUCAUUAGCUGUACAGUGUGCUCAAAAAAGAUCAAAGCUUCGUAUAUGGCGUGUCAUAUGAAAUAUGCUCACACAUCCCAACCAUAUUUAUGUGCAGUUUGUGGAGGAGUUUACUCUUGUGAAAGGGCUUUGAAUAGUCAUCUGCAUUAUGUUCAUGGGGAAAAAGGACAUUUCCCUUGUUCUGUAUGUGGGAAGGAGUUUACAAAGGAAAAUGCAUUGCGUCAACAUUCUUACUACGUUCAUCAGUUGCAGAGACAAUUUCAGUGUUAUGUGUGUGGAAAGAGUUUUAAGACACGUAACUGUUUGAACAAUCAUGAGCUUAUUCACAGAGAGACAAGACCUUUCAGUUGCAUAGUUUGCAAAGCUACCUUCAAGCGGGCAGAUCACCUCAGAGUUCAUAUAGAUAAAAUCCAUGAUCUGAAGGUGAUAUGGGUUUGUUCCUUUCCUGGAUGUGAAUCAAAAUAUAAAUGUAAAGCCCAGUUGGUGGCCCAUGUACAAAGACAUAAAGGGAAAAGGUUACAUUGUUCAUACUGUCCACAGCAAUACACCAUACUGAGGAAGCUAAACAGGCAUAUGGAAGAAUGUCACUCUAUUAAGGAGAAGUUGAAGAUUGGUCGAGCUGAUAUAAAAGAAAUGGAGUAUGGUUUUGAUGGUAUCACAAGGUUGAAAACGCUUUUAAUUCAUGAAGACGAGUUGCAACCAGAACAAAAAGAACAUUUCAAAUGGACUGAUAAAGAAAAUAGCAUAUUUAUGGAUGUUAUGGAUAAAUACAUUGAAACUAAAGGUACUGCGCCUAAAUCUGCAUUAAAUAAAGUUAAGAAAAGACUAAAAGGUACAAAGACAUUGAAACAAAUAAAAGUAAAGUUAGAAACAGCCAGAUGUAUGUCAAGGCAAAGAUGUAGACAUGUAAGCCUUAGCAGCAAAAAAGAAGUUAAAAAACAAUUGCAAACCCAAGCACCACUCGAUGGACUUCUUAAAGUAGGGAAUGGCAUUGACUUUCAAUUAAGUGAGGAUGUAGGACUUGAAAGUGGGAAUAGCUACUCCAUUGCAGUAGAACAAAAGGAUGCCACCGAACAUACAGUUAGUAAGAAUGGGACAUUUGAUGGAGAAACCAAGUAAAAAUGAACUCCUAAUCAAAUAUAAAUUGUAAAAAUCUUGGUUCAGGUGCUUCUAAAAGGUGAUUCAGAAAGACAGAUGGAGAAAACACUGAAAACAUCUAAAUCAGAAGCAAGUUAUCAAGUUGAUGAAAAAGUGAGUCUUAAUGUCUUGAGGAUAAUAAAGCACAAAGUAUUAAUCCAAAUGCAUGUCACAAUUGCUACUGCAGUAUCAAGUUCAGAAGAUGUUGAGACACCAAUUCGUGUAUCAAAAUUUGAACACUUUCUAAACAAUGCAACAAUUGGAAAUGACGAAAUUGAUAACAUUCAUCCGAAACUGCCGAGAGUGAAUUGUUAAAGUUCUGAAUGUACAAAUGAAAAUGAUAUAAUUCCGCAUGACAUAGCGAUAGGUGAAACGUUUUGACAGAAUAAAACAAAAACAGUCGGGCUGGGAGUUAAGAUAAAGGUAAUUGCUUGUUACAUGUUAUUAUGGUAAUUGCUUGUUACAUGUUAUUAUGUGUCAGAAGUUAUAACUGUAAAUAAGAAUUUUCCCGAAUGUUUGGUUUAUUCAGACAGGGGUCUGCAAGCCUGAUAGCACGGAAUCAC